UCAAGCGCUUCUUCCCAUCCCCAUUGAUUUGGUGUUCUCAAUUCUCAAAGUUCUCAGAGACUCAGAAACGAAUUAAGAAAAGGGAAAAAGAGAGAGGCAAUGACGACGAUCGUGUCACGCUUGCUCCCUUCACGGUCAUCACUGCCAAGACUCUAUGCAAUGGCUACUUCCAGACAUGGAAGAUUAUUGACAACAGAUUCUACCAAGUUAGAUGAACCCUUCAAAGUUGAGGAAGCAGAGACAGUAGAUGUGCCGCCACCUCCAACAGAGAAGUUACUUGUGUUGGGGGGAAAUGGAUUCGUCGGGUCACAUGUUUGCAAAGAAGCACUGGAUCGUGGUUUAUCUGUGUCCAGCCUGAGCAGGUCUGGAAGGUCAUCUGUCCAGGAUUCCUGGGCCAAUAGCGUGGACUGGCAUCAAGGAAAUCUUCUUUCACCUGAUUCAUGGAAGGAUGCUCUGAAUGGAGUGACUGCAGUGAUAUCAUGUGUGGGAGGUUUUGGCUCAAAUUCAUAUAUGUAUAAAAUAAACGGGACAGCAAACAUCAAUGCAAUAAGAGCUGCAGCAGGACAAGGUGUGAAAAGAUUUGUUUAUAUCUCUGCUGCUGAUUUUGGUUUCGUGAAUUAUCUGCUGAGAGGAUAUUAUGAAGGGAAGAAAGCUGCUGAAACAGAGUUGUUGACAAGAUUCCCUUAUAGAGGUGUCAUUCUUAAGCCAGGUUUUAUCCAUGGGACUCGCCAAGUUGGGAGCAUUAAACUACCUCUAGGAGUUAUUGGUUCUCCAUUGGAGAUGGUUCUUCAACAUGCAAAACCACUCACUCAAGUGCCACUCGUAGGGCCACUAUUUACGCCUCCUGUAAGUGUGCUUUCAGUCGCCAAGGUUGCUGUCAGAGCUGCAACAGAUCCUGUAUUCCCUCCUGGCAUUGUAGAUGCUUAUGGCAUACAACGUUAUAGUCAACACAAGUGACUUGAGUCAACUAGAUGUUUUGCCUCCUACUUUCUUCUGCAUCAAAUAAGAGAAGAAAAAUCCUCGGCGAUGGAACUUGCUUCUUUCAGUAUAUAGAGAAAAUCCAUUAUCCUUUUCACUAGCUGAUAAAAGCACAAUAUCCUUAGAACCAAUGCUGUAUUCACUGUUAGCUAGAUUGAAGAUUGAGGCUUUUGCUACCUCCGUGAGACAAUAAUAUCUAUUGCAGCUUGUAUUU